CCCACUUCCCGCCAGGGGUCGCGGAGCAGCGAGGGUUCCAGGACGCCGCGGUGCGCGCGGGCGUCGCCAGAGCCGGACCAUGAAGCUCGAAUUUGCGCCGCUCAACAUCCCGCUGGCGCGGCGGCUGCAGACCGCGGCGGUGCUGCAGUGGAUCUUGUCUUUCCUGUUUCUAGCACUGGUGUGCAUUGGAAUCAUUGUGAUACUGAUCAUAUACAACUAUUGGUUCCUCUACAUCCCAUAUUUCACCUGGCUUUACUUUGACUGGCAUACCCCAGAGCAAGGUGGCAGGAGAUCCACCUGGGUCAGAAACUGGACAGUUUGGAAGUACUUUAAGGACUAUUUUCCAAUUCACCUCAUCAAAACUUGGGAUUUGGAGCCAAGUCACAACUACAUUUUUGGGUUUCACCCCCAUGGAGUACUGGUUCCUGGAGCCUUUGGAAAUUUUUGUACGAAUCAUUCGGACUUCAAGCUGCUAUUUCCCGGCUUUACUGCAUAUCUUCAUGUGCUCUCAGUCUGGUUCUGUUGUCCUCUCUUCCGAGAAUAUCUGAUGAGUUCUGGGAUUGUCUCCGUUUCCAAGAAAAGUGUGUCCCACGUGCUGAGCAAGGAAGGAGGUGGAAACAUUUCAGUCAUUGUCCCAGGGGGUGCAAAAGAAUCUCUGGAUGCCCAUCCUGGAAACUUCACUCUGUUCAUCCGCCAAAGGAAAGGAUUUGUUAAAAUGGCUUUGAUCCAUGGAGCCUAUUUGGUCCCAGUGUAUUCUUUUGGUGAAAAUGAACUAUUUAAGCAAGUUAGCAACCCUAAGGGCUCAUGGCUUCGAACUGCUCAGGAGAAACUACAGAAGACCAUGGGGUUUGCUUUGCCACUGUUUCAUGCCAGAGGAAUUUUUCAGUAUAAUUUUGGCCUGAUGCCCUAUAGGAAAUGUAUCCACACUGUGGUUGGCUGCCCAAUCCCUGUUCAUCAGACUCUGAACCCAACCUCAGAGCAGAUUGAGGAGCUGCAUCAGACCUAUAUGGAGGAGCUAAGGAAAUUAUUUGAAGAGCACAAAGGGAAGUAUGGUGUUCCAGAGCACAAAACUCUCAUUUUUAGAUGAUUGUACUCUUAGAAGGCAUAAAGGAGGACAAGAGAAAAUCUCCUUGAGAGAAUAAAUAUUUUAAAUAAGUUUAUUUUUUUUCUCUGACUAUGGCAUCAAAUUUAUGGCUGAAAAGUAUUCUUUAUGGUGACAACUGUUGAUGUUUUAUCUGUGGUAAAUAAAAAUACAGUUGAUGACUAUAGGAUGAGCCUGGAGAGGAAAAUAAGGCUCAUAGUAACCUUCCUCAUUUAGGAAGUCUAAAUUGUUUUACUGGUCAGGAAAAGCUUUAGAAUUAUUUAUGUGUUCCAAAAACAAUUACAGCUACCAAAAAAUUUAGACCCUUUAAUACAGUUUCUGUUUUGGGUGAUGAAAAAGUUUUGGUAGUGGAUGGUAGCACAACACUGUAUGUAUUAUUAAUGCCACUGAAUUCUAUGCUUAAAAAUUGUUAAAAUGACAAAUCUUGUGUAAUGUGUGUUGCCACAAUAAAAAAAAAUUAGACCCUUUUCCUAAACAUCAUGAUAGUUUUAGGUGGUGUUGACUGAGUGUGAAAGCUGUCAUUCAGCCCAGCCAGAACAUAUAGGAGACAGCAUGUAAAAUAAUUUGCCAUUUGUUGGUAAAUAAUGUUAGUAAUAUAAUGUUAGUGAAUAAUGUUACUUCACUACUUAGAUAAUUUGAUCCUUUAGGUCGUACCAACCAAUGCAUUUUUAUAUGAUAUUGCAGAUUUUUUAUGAAGUUUUGGAAAUAGGAUGAAUCUGCCAUGUGGAAACCCAUGUGGACAAGAGCACUUCUCAUCUCUACUUAUGCUCAGGAAUAUGUUCAUCUGCUAUAGAGAAGGAGAUCUGUUUAGAAGACAUGCUUUUUUUUUUGCACAUGUUUUGGAACAUUGAGUUUCCAAAAAGUUUUCAUGGUAACAUAAAUAGUUUUAAUUUGCUUCCCAAAUGGCCUCUUUGUUGUAAGAUGGGCUACGAAAGAAAGUACCCUCUCCAGGGAGCUGUGUUCUGCUCACAGUGCAUCUGCCUGGAUCCACAACUGGCAAUUAGUUGGCUCACAAUAAGUACUUGCUAAAUGAAUGCAUUUAUAGGUGAACACACAAACAAAUUUUGCCAUUAGGCCAUGAAUUUUAAAAAGUAUACCAUAGGACAAAACCUAUUAUAAGGGAAGAACCACUUUCAGAUGGAGACAAUUUGCUAUGUUUGAUGUCCCACCCCACUAAUCAACAAUCCUGAGGGCAGGUUUGUAGGGAGCAAGUCAGAGGGAGGUUUCUGAGAGUCACUAAGUGUUAAGUUACUACUCAGUAAGUAGGUAAGAAGAAUGCCCAGUUUCUAUAUGAUCUCCAUUGUAGAUGUUUGCUUCCACGCCUCUUCCAUGCUAGGUGUUUGUGGGCAACUUCAUUUGAGUUGCAUCCUAACUUAGUGGUAAUAUGUCUUCAGAACUCUGAUUUUUAAAACCUCAAGCCCUGGGCUGAAUCCCAGAUUGGGUUUGACAAUAGCAAAACAAAAUUGUAUUGGUUGAUGUCUUGAAUAGGAAAGCAUUUCUUUUGCAAAAAAAAGUGAACCUUCUCAGUUCUUCUUAACGUUAGAUCAAUUUUUUGUCAAAGCAGGGAACAGGAGACAACAAAUUAUAAAGAUGCAGAAAAGUCCACUAUAAAGUCCUUUUGGACAAAAUAAAGUAAAAGGAGCACCAUUUGAAUAAAGUUACACCCCAGUUUGUGAGGUCAGUCCUUUAGAACAAAGCUGUGAAGCACAAAUAACCACAACAACCAAAGGCCUUUAAAUUAUUACAAAACCCAUGAUUUCAUUCCUAUGGAGAAGUUUACUAAAGUCCUGUGAUGCACAGUUUAUUGUGAUUUCACUUAGGCAUGAAUUUUAAUUUCCCAUUCAGUAGUGAGAGGGUAUCUUAAUUUCCCAGGCUGUUAAAACAAAAACCCCCACAAUGAGUUGGCUGAAACAAUGGGAAUUUACUGUCGUACGGUUUCAGAAGCUGGAAGGCUAGCUUGCUUCCAGGGUUGGUAGCAUUUUGGCUGGCCGGAAAUCCUUGUGUUCCUUUGCUUUCCUGUCACCUGGCAAUACAUGUAGUGAUGUCCUCUCUUUUUCUUCCCAUUCCACUGACUUCCAGGUUCCAGCUCCUCCCUAGGACUUUCUAUUUCUGAAUUUCUUCUUUUAUAAAGGACUACUGUAAUCUGGAUUAAGACCCACCCUCAUUCUUUUGGGCCACACCUUAACUAAACAUAACAUCUUUAAGAGAUCCUAUUUACAGUGGAUUUACACCCACAGGAAUUAAGACCAAGAACAUGUCAAAUUUGGGGUCAUAACUCAAGCCAUCACAGAGUGCCACCCAGCAUCAACUGGAUUAUCAAUUCAAACUCAUGCUUAGUAAAGCAGGGGCACUAAAAAAUGAGAAAAAUUCUGUCCUUAUGAAUUUAUCUAAUUUUGCCAUUAAAAAAAAAAUCUAGACAGACUCACCUUUAAUUUUGACAUAUACAAAAACUGUUUUAAAAAUACAUAUUGAUGGGCUUAUCUCUUUAUAGGGUCUCUAGAGGCCUUAAUUCCUGCCAUGCCAGAUUGCAUGAUAUAUUCAAAGUUCCAUAUAGUCCUACAGAUUGCAAAAGAAUUUUUGAUAUUAAUAUUUGCUACAGCAGAAAAGUGGGCCAUAUAUUGUAUGCCCUGGUACGAUUUGAUGGAGGUUUCCUUCCCUAUUUUAAAGGUACCCAUUUACUAUGCAAGUGCACAUCGUUUUAAAUAGCAAAGCAAAAUAGUAACAACAACAACAACAAAAUCUAAAACACUGCAAGAGAAACAGGGCUUAUAGCCUUGAGGAAAUACGCAUUUAUGCUGGUUGAGUUGGAUUUUCUUUCCCCUCCCUUUCUCUUACACACGGAGUGCAGGCUGGGUCAUUUCCUUUGUCUUGCACCUGGAAGUAUACAAAAUCAUCAGUAAUCAGUUAGCUUCAUUAUGUUUACGUUGAAGGUUGCUGCUUCAAUGCUCCUGAAGGCCAGCUUGUUUAGCUCUGUGGAAAAGGAAACUAAGGCAAAGGACGCUGGAUGAUUUAAUGCAAAUCCUUCGCCACUACUAUGAAAACAAUCGAAGUGUGGAACUUUCUGGGUUGAUGGGUGAGCCUUUAAUAUAUGCACAGGGUUAAAAGGGAGAUCCCUAUCUUAUCCAGUAGGUGUGUUUCACCGGAGAAAUGUGAGAUGUAGUGUGGAUGUCUAGUAAUGUCCAUGCUUAGUUAACUUUAAAUUUAAUCUUUCAAACUACCUCACUGGUGCAGAACACCAAAGUUUGUGAUAAAUUUGAAAAUGAUUUUUGGGUUUGUUAGCUGUCUUCAUUGAUGGGAUUUGUUGAUUGGUUGUUGCUUUUCAAAUAGCCCAAGAUUGCUAAUUCUCAUAUUUGUAUUUUUUAAAACUAAGUGAUAAAGUACUCAUUUGUGGGGCUGGGUUAUUAUCAAGUGGAAUUUGUAUGCAUUUUUUAGGGAGAAAAACAGAUCAACUUUUAAUGUAACCAACCAGUUGGCCUACUUUCUUAAGGAUGACAAAAAGGGGUUCUUUAUAUUCAAAACAAAGGGAUUUCUCUGGUACCUCAUAUUUUGAGUAUUUCUGUUAAUCCUUUCCAGAUACCUCCAGUUUAUGCCUUAACAUCUUAUAAGAGGAGGAGAAAAUUUUGUAUCAAUCCAUUGUUAACCCAUAGGAUAAUGCUUUCUUCAAUAGAAGAAUCUGUCUUGUUUGCAAUGUGACCCUGACAUCAACAAAUAGACUUUCAGUGGUCUCGAUAAAUGCUUGUGGCAUGAACCUGGAAGUUUGAUGGAUUGUAUCUUGGAACGCAAGUUUUAGAGCUAGGAGGGGCUUCACAGUCUGUCUAGCUCUUCCUUCUGCUGAUGAGGAGUUGGGACACAGUGAGGUUUAACAGAUUGGAACUGGCCUUGUGUUCAUGUUUCUCUGCCCAAGAUUGAACGGGAGGUUCUGCUAUUACAUGAUCAUUGAUUACAUAAAUGUAAGAAUCCUGCUACAAGACAGAAAUGUCAAAAAAGUGGAGUAUGCAUUAAAAAUCCACUUAAAGCAAGGAAUUUAACAACUCUGAAGCAAACUCUGUCUUAUUGGUAUUGAGAACAUGUUUCCUUUUGGAGACCAAUAUACCACAUUGUUGAUUUUUCCCUUUUACAAGGGCUAUUUUAGAAACGUGUCCUGGGUGAAAUCCAAGCUUUCAACAAUGGGCUUAGCCACUAGAGCCUUAUGUAUUGGAGCAGCAGGGAUAAGGCAAGAUGCUUUAUUCCUGGACAACUGAUGAGCAGUUGGAUUGUGCAGUCAAAGCAAUCCUGUUACACAACAGGGGUGGAAAUAGUGCAUCUAUCGCCUCCUUCACAGCCUCAAUUCCAGAGUCUAUUCUGGCUCCAGCCUCACCCAACUGGGUUGUUGCUGCUGCUUUCUUAUAGCUCUUAGAUUCUGGCUAAGAAUCAUUACAGGCUCUCCUGAGAACAAAGCUAACCCUGCCCCUCCUCUGCUCUCAAAGGCUGUGUAAUUCUCUCCCUGCCUCAUUUCUAGAUGAGCUUGGAGCCUUAGGUCUUCCUGGUUGGAUUCCAUGCCCACCUGUGUGGAUGUGCAGUGAUGUCCAACGUAACUGCUUCAUUGUUUUCUAUUCUCCAGGCUUCUAUUUUGGAUAGUCUUAUAGCCACUGUCUUCCACUAACUGACCAGGCUAGUGGCUUUGGGCCUCAGAAGGCUUUGAGCCUUCACAUGUAAACAAGAGUUGGGAGUGAAUGGUCUUCAAAGCCCCUUCUGCCUCCAUCUAUACUAUGGUCUCUGCCUAGCCUUUUUCCUGUCAUUGUUAUGGCAUCUAGUUGGAGAUGUAGUUUAUCUGAUCACUUUCCUCUUUCUCUAUAAUCCUUACUUGAUUUAUUCCUCCAGGAAAUGCAGUGUGCUGAAAUGACUGUCUUACUUUCUUUGUAUAAGUAAAACACAAAUCGCUACUGAAAUUUCUCCCGGGUCACAGUGAACUUUACUCAUGGUGGUUCUAAUAAAUAAUUUAUUUCUCAAAAUAAAAGUAGGAGAAAUUUGUCUAAGAGGCUUCAUCUUUUGUAUCAUUCAAAACCAUGGAAUAAUUCAGUGUAUUACAUGUUAAAAUCUUUAUAGGAGACCGUUAAAGUUUAUAUUUUAUAGAUUGUAUAUGGUGUUGCUGUGUGCUUUUUAAAGCUCCCAAAUGUUAACAUUUGGGAACAAUAAAUGUGUUUUUAUGCCCAAGUUAUAAAUGUGGGAUGUGUUUUUUAACCUGGAUGGAAUGGUUUUCAUUUCCUGCACCUGACAAGGCUGAAUGAGUUUUGUCUUGGGGAUGAAUAGAAACAAGAGAAUUGCAGCAAAAUGCUCCAUGAGCAUUGCAAAUUCUCAUACUGAAGAGUCAGUAUUUUAAAUUAUCUUAAUGGGAUAAAGACAAAACAUAAAGCAGGGGCCAAGCUAACAGAUAACCACAGAUGUACAGAUAUAAAACAAGAAAAGGGGUUGAUAAGAAGAAGCAGAGACAAGAAACUGUCAUGGUCUCAACAUGGUCAUAACAGAAGUGAAGCUUCUCUGAUACAGAAUGUUUCAAAAAUUGGUAGAAAAAACUUAUUGAUAAUAAAUCAAGUCAAUCACUGCUAAUAAAUAUGGGUUUUUUGGGGGCGGAUGAUGAAAAUGCUCUAUAGUUAGAUUGUGGUGGUAGAUUGAACAACUGUAAAUAUAUUAAAACCACUGAACUCUACAACUCAAAUGGUGGAUUUUAUGGUAAAUAAAUUAUAUCUCAAUAAAACUGCUUUGAAAAAUCAAGUCAAUUAUACAGUUGCUAAAGUAAUGAAAGAAGAAGCUAAAUACGAAAUUCCUUCUCUUAUGUGUCAAGAAUGAAAUUGCCUCCCUUUGGAUGUCUGCUCUUUGUGCAAAGUUUAUGCCUUGAUUUUUGAAACCUUAUAAUGAACAUGAUUAAAUAAUUGUUUCAAUGC